GGUUUCUCAUUAUAUACAUUAACAAAGGCGUGGUUUGCUGUCCUCGCUGCUAUUACACUUUUUAUUGAAAUAACGAAUUUGUCUACAUUUGCUGGGAUGCUUACAGUACUGGAUUACAUAUACACCAGAGGGACUGAAUGUAGGAAUCAGUUCUUCACCACUACGUAGUUUUCCCCCCUUCUUGGGAAGUUGGUCGCGACCAGCCGCUCCGACCUGCAGUAAAGAUGGCGCAGGCACUGUCGGAGGAGGAGUUUCAUCGUUUGCAGGCUCAACUCCUGGAGCUAAGGUCCCAGAAUUACCAGCUCUCUGAUGAUCUACGCAAAAACUCUGCAGAGCUUGCAGCUCUUCGGGUUAGGAGCACAGCUCUUGAGAAGGACUUCACCAAAGCACAGAAGGCCCUUAAUAAGAGCAAGAAAGCUCAGGAGGUUGAUGCACUUUUAAGUGAAAAUGAAAUGCUGCAAGGCAAACUACACAGUCAAGAAGAUGACUUUAGACUGCAAAACAGCACACUCAUGCAGGAGCUGUCCAAGUUGUGUUCUCAAAUUGAACAACUGGAGCAGGAGAACCAGAGAAUGCGUGAGGGACUGGGUGUGGCAUCAGUGAUUGCUAGUCCAGCGUCUAGCCCAGUGGAUGGUGAGCUGCUUCGUCUCCAAGCAGAAAAUUCUGCAUUGCAGAAGAAUAUGGCAGCUUUGCAAAAACGUUAUGACUUGGAAGUCCAUGCGUCGAAAAGAACAAGUGUGAAUGGGAUACAGAGUACAGAAAAUGAGAACACCAUUUCAUUAGGAGAUGGCGAGAGCUCCCAUGGACAAACAGACAGUGCUUCAAGGGAGACAGUGGACAGAAUACCUACAGAGAAUAAUGAUCAGGAAACUGCAAAAUAUACAAAACUGGAGCAGCGGAUCAAGGAGCUCAGUGAAGUGGAGCUGCAGCUUCAAAUGGAAAGAGAAGAAAAGAAAUUGCUGAAAGAGCAACUGCAAGCAUUGGAGUUAUCUAAACAAACUGAGAUGACAAAGCUUCAAGAGGAAAUCACUAAGGUAUCCGAGAAAUUGAAAAAGAAGCAAGAAAGCUAUGUCCGCUUACAGAUGGAAAAGGAGACUCUGUAUAAUGACAGCAGGACAAAAAUUGAUGAGAUUCAACAGAAGAAAGAGGAAGACCUGAAAUCUUUAAACAUCCGCAAUCAGAAGCUUCAAGCUGAUCUACAGGCUGUUAAUCAGACCAUGAAUGAACUGAAAGAACAGUUGGCCAGCAGACAGAAAGAACAUGAAUUGGCACUGCAUGUGCUCAAGAACCAGGUAGAGUGUCAAAGUGCAGAGAGUCAAGAACAGGUGGAAAGUAUCCUAUCAGAAAAUGAUGCACUCCGGACUAAUCUAGCUGCACUAGAACAGAUUCAAACAACAAAGACCCAAGAGAUGAAUCUCUUAAGAGAUCAAAAUAUGUCAUUGACUUUGGAUCUGGAGCAGAUACGGAGUGACAAAGAAAACUUUUUGGCUCAGAUAGAUGACCUUAACUCACAGCUGCAGGAGGCACAUCAUGCAAAUGGUCGUCUUUUAGAACAACUGACAGAGUUGGGACAAGAGAGAGAUUUUCUUCAACAAGAAUUAGAGGAGAGCCGCAAGACAGCAGACAAGCGAAAGUCGAUGCUUGAUGAGAUGGCAAUUGAGAUGGCACAGGAAAAAUCUUUUCAUAAGGAAGAGCUGAGCAAUGUGCGCCUUCAGCAUGAAAAAGAAGUGCUAAGUAUCCGGGCAAAAUAUGAGAGGGAAUUGAGGGAGCUGCAUGAGGAGAAACACAGGGCCAUGGAUGAAGUCAAAACCCAGCUUAAUGAGGAAAGGACAAAAAUUCAAAAGCUAGAGGGUUUGCAGCAUAUAGUAGAUGAACUCCAGCAACAGAUCCAGUCAAUGGAGAGUACAAAAGGUUGGUUUGAGCGAAGGCUGAAAGAAGCAGAGGAGGCUAUUGAGAAAAACUUGCUGGAGUACCAGGAUGAAGUUAAAAAACUACAGGCUGGUCACAAUGAAGACCUACAGAGGAAAGAAGAAGAAAAAGAGAGCAUCAAACAGACACUGGCAGUGAUGGAGCAUGAGAGGGAUGCACAUGCUUCGGCUAUUGCCGGCUUAAAGCAGGAAAUCAAAGACACUUUAGAUGGGCAGAGAAUCCUGGAGAAAAAGGGUAGCUCAGCACUAAAAGACCUGAAGCGGCAACUUCAUUUGGAGCGAAAACGAGCAGAUAAGCUUCAAGAACGUCUUCAGGAGAUCUUGACCAACACCAAAACCAGAACAGGUCUUGAAGAACUAGUCCUGUCAGAGAUCAGCUCACCUAGUCGCACACAAACAGGAGACAGCAGCAGUGUGUCCUCAUUCAGUUACCGAGAAAUGAUGAAAGAGGGACCAACGCAGCAAAGUGGAAGUAAGUCUAACACCAGCAGCCCCCAGUCACAACGACCAGCAGAUCUCUCUGAUGAUGAGAUUAGUGAGCUGUUCCAGCGUUUGGCUGAAGUCCAGCAGGAAAAAUGGAUGCUUGAAGAGAAGGUAAAACACUUAGAAGUAAGCUGUUCAUCAAUGGCUGAAGAUAUCUGCAAGAAGAGUGCAAUCAUUGAAACUUAUGUAAUGGAAAGCAGAAUAGAUGUGUCUAAUGCUGCAAGUGCUGGUCAGGCAGAACGUGGCACUUUAAGCUCUGUUCUACGUGAUCUGGUCAAACCUGGAGAUGAAAACCUGCGAGAAAUGAACAAGAAGCUGCAGAAUAUGCUGGAGGAACAACUGACCAAGAACAUGCACCUUCAAAAGGACCUUGAGGUUCUGUCUCAGGAGAUUGUGCGCCUCAGUAAGGAAUGUGCAUCCAGCCCCAGCCAAAAUCCAGGAACAAGUGGCUAGACCUCUUUGGGACAUAUUAGUCAUCUUGAAGGUCCAGAACUUCAUGGUUAGCGAAUCUAGGAAGGAUGAAGUGGACAUUGUUUAAUUGCUUUUCAGCAGAAUUGUGAGGCUGCAAAGAGAAUGGAUAUUCAACGUCUCUUAAUUACCUGCUGAAUGUAUUUAUUGUAUGUUUCUUAUGUAUAUUCAGGGGUGGGACUAAAUAAAACAAGUUAAUUACCUGGGCUCAACUGCCUUCUUAAUCCUUUAAGUGAUUUAAUUGGCCUGCAGUUGAAUGUGUUCCAAGUUAUUCAGGAUCAGAAAGGCCAUGCUCAGUGUUCCUGAACCUCAUUUCUUACAUAGUACUGUAGGUAGUAAUUUUUUAUGAUGUUAUUUUUAAGCUUCUUGUCAUUAGCAGACAGAGACUUGAGAUGGUUGCACUUAUCAGAGUUAGUUUCUGGAAUUGUUGAUUAUUUGUGGUACCAAAAGAAUUUAAAUAAUGACUGGAGUAACUUUUGCAUUGGGGUAUAUUGCAAAGAAUGAAGUUAACCAGCAGUCAUUCUGAAAUGAUUACAGAGAUGCGGUGAUUAGAUUCAACCUCACAAAUCUGCAAUGCUUUAAGGAAAUUUAGUAAGUCAUUAUAGUAGCCAUGAUCAGUAUCUCAGUUUAAUCAGAAUUUUCCUUCAAAUUAUUGUGUACCUUAAUGUACAAAGUUAGAUUAGAAGUCAGGAGUCUAUACUAUCAUUAUAUAUAUUUUUUGUUAAACCUUUCCUUUCAUAAACAGGUAAGGAUAUACUUGUUUUAAAGAAGUUUCAUCUUUUGCGCCUUUGCUUAGAUUUUAAACUGUAAACCUGCCUAUAGUUAUAAAUAAGCUGUUCACUUAUAAGAGCAGUGUUGUCCUCAGGUGGUUUUUAAUUAAUAUUUUGUGAUUGUUGUACUUUAUGCAUUCACAAAUGCACAACAUUAGUAUGAAGAGCCAUUCUGAAUGCACUUCUUGGUUGAAGUUGGCAAUAACAGCUCCCUUGUUGCUAUGCCUUUAAGUAUGUGUGGAUAUGAUCAGAUUCUUUAGCCAGACCCACACUCCUUAAGUUGAACUCUUUAUUAAAAUGUACAGCUGAGCUAUAGUUGCAUCUUUCAUGAAAAUGGAAGCAAUUUAAUUUCUGCUUCAAUAUUAUUUUUUAAUAUGUAUGUUUUUGCAAAUAAUCAUUUGCUUGCGUAUGUAUUGCACUGAGUUGCAACCUUUGUUAAAUUUCUUUUGCCAGAGGUCUUUCUUCAUCCCUGACAUAUUUCACUCACCUGCUGACUAGGCAGAGGGUGCAUCUAAACCUAGAAAACAAAAGCAGUUUCUCUGUAACUUUAGCAACAUUACAAGAGGACAUCUGCUUGGAAAUUAGUUACUUUAUUCUACGAUAUCCAGGGAUUCAAGAGAUUUUUUUAAUUAUAGGAUAUCACUAACAGGUUGCGUUCUUAGUUGUUUUUAAAAAAAGCUGUUUGCAUAGCCAUUAAUAAUACUUAGUGUGUAAAUAUCUGUAUACUUGAAUCUUGCAUACCAGAAAGUGGGAAAUCAAAGGCCUAAACACUGUAGAGCUAAAAAUUAGCUUUUAACAAAAUACAUGCAUGCUUGUCUCAUACAUAUGUGCUGGUACAUUUUGAGUGUUGUGUGCUGAUCAGGUCUGACAUAAUGACAGCAGCAAAUAUAGGAAAAUUCCUCUCUUUUAACUUUAAAAUUUCAGACCAACUAAAAUCAUUGUGGAGCACUUAAAGUAGUACUUAAAGUACUGUGAUGUAUUGGUUUGCAAAGCAUUUGAUAGACAUUUUUAUUAAAGCAUCUAUCCUUACUUGCUUUAUUUAAGCCACUAAGAAUCCUCCUGAUAAAUACUGUUUACUAAAUGUAACCAAAAAGACUAGAAUAAUAUAUCAUGAAUUUAGACAGAGGAAUUAAAAUGCAGAAAUUGUUCUGGAUUCCAAACAGCCCUGUCGGUUGUCUUAUUUUACCUGUGUUUAGCUAGGUGUGCUGUUAUUAAAGUCUGAUAUUAUAUAGUAUGUUGAAUAAUCUUAUUAUUUUCCAAAAGAUCUAACACAUAACACAUAAUAUAGUUCAAGGUUUAAUGUAAGUAUAGUUUAUUACUUUUAAAUAUUUAAAGGUAAAAGCGUUUUCUUUGUUUUUUUUAAUUUAAUAACCUUACUGGCAUUUCAAAGAUUGCCUUGAAUUUAAAGGCAUGAAUUCUGUUCUGCUUAUCUGGUUAUGCAGUAUUAAAAUUGAUUCUCUGCUAUCAUUGGUCACUCAAAAUGAGAAUGAUGUACAUUUUGGUUAUAUAUGUGACUUUAGAGCGUUGAGUAGUCCCUUUCCCUUGAGCCAUAGACUUUGAGACAGUGGAGACAGGAGGCUCCAUUUGAAAGCAGCUUCCAUAAAUUUGGGGUGUUCUUUUCUCCUUCUUUCAGUUUCAUUUAACUUUUUUUUUUUUUUUUGCUUAUUCGUAUCCAAAUUUAACACCUUGGUAAAAUUCUUUCACAAAAUUUAAGUUACAUAAAUAUUGACCUGCAAGUUUGUGAUCACAAUAUUUGUAAUUCAGGACUUCUUUUGAUUAUUUUAACUUUAACAUGGUGCUAACGGUGACUUUGUGCAUGAUAUUUACAUUUUGUGGAAUCCAUCAUGCGAGUGUAAUGAUCUAUGUAGCUGCUAGAAUUAACACUACUAAGAAAAUAAGCCUACAAAAACUUUUAAAACUGUGUUAAUUGGCUGUAGUUGCAUCCCAGAAGUAACCAUCAUUUUCUACCUUACCUUUUGAAUAUAGUCCAUUUCACUUAUUUUUCUCCUAUAAAAGCCCCUCAGUCUGGUAACAUGUAGCUUGCCUCAUGCAUUUAUUUCCAGUACAUUCCAAAGUAAUUCCAGUGGAUUGCAACAUUUUAGUUUUUUGUAUUUAGUAAAGUUGAUAGAAAUGAAAAGGUUCUAAUUUUGUAAAUAUCUUUAUCAUAUAUUUUUUCUAUGUUUACUGUUUGUCUUACACUUCCUUUUAACAAUGUUACAUAUAAGUGGGAUGUAAACUAACAAGUAAAACCUGCCUUAUGCACUUGUUUCUGCAGUUUGAUAUUUUGCUAAUUACCUUCCAUUAUUAACCUAUUUUGUGUCUAAUAUAUACUGACUGAAAGCAAAUUUGAUUUGUUUAUGUGUUUUGUAUUUUUGUUUCCCUGGAAAAACUGCAGACAAUGCACGCAUUGUAUAAAGUUUGAGGUGUUGUUUGGGCAUUGCCCAUCUUAGCAAAGACAAUUGCUCAGGUGUAUACAAAUAUUGAAUGUUUCAGCAAAUUGCAACAAACCAUAUUGGGCAAAGACACUUAAUUUACUUUGAAAAUCUUGUAUCUUACUGCUAGGUGGCAAAAUGUUUGGCAAUGCAUAUCUGGUGCCAGAGCUGCAUUUGUAUUCUGCCUGUACACUGGAUUUAUUUAUUCAAAGUACUUUGAAUAAAUGAAAGUAGAUUAUUUUAAAAGAUAUUGUUCCUUAAUGUACAUUGUUGUGAUGUAUAAUUAUCUUGUUUUUUUCCAAAAUUCUAGCAGCUAUUCAUUGUGUAAAAUAAUAUUACAUUUCUUUGAUAUCAAUGCUAAAAUUGUUAGAUCUUUGUUAGUGUGUAAACCCAUAAAGUGCAGCAUCCAUUCAGCCUGAUCUGUCUUAUGUGGCUUCCAGUUAAACAUCAUUGAAUACAUUGUUUGUUAAAGUUAUGUAAUGAAACUAAAGUCAUCGCUUGUUAAAGCGUUUCUUCAAUAAAAUGCUUUGUGUCUGAAUUACUACAUUUACCAGACUUUACUGAAAGUAUUUUCUGUUUCUUUCAGUUAAAAGCUGGUGAUUAUCCACUUUAUUAGAAUAUUAUAUACCAUGGGUCCAAAUAAAUAUAUAUAAUUUUCAAUCGCACACAUUCAGGAGUGGGCAAAAGUAGGUUUACAGGUGUGAGUAUGUAAAACAGUUAAUUCAUGUAUUAUGUAUUUAUUAAUUAUUGUAUUAGUAUUGUUUGUCAUAUUUUUUUCAUUAAAGUAUGUUUGAGCAUAGCAAGUAAUCUACAAGAAUGUGUUAGUAAUGAAGGCUGGCAGUUUGAGCACUGACAAGAUUGUGUCUAAGUGCAGUGUGCCAUUGUGACAUACUUUUGAUUUAAUAAAGCUGUUGUAAUAAUCAUAAA